UAACCUCUUGCUCCCCUUGAUCGAUUGAACAAACAGACGGACAGACGAAGGAGCGAUGCCUGUCUCAGCCCUCCAAGCUGUCUCGAAGUCCCGGAAUGGUGUAGGGGCUUUUAUUCUCCAGUGUAAACGCAUGGAAUUCAAUUUCUGUGAUUGGGCUGGGAGCUCAAAAGGGAUGAGGCACGACAGGUCGUUCCUAAAACAUUCACUACCACAAUUUGCCAAAGAAAACCCGCAGAUAGAAAUCAUCGUUGCCCCACGACCCAACAAAAUACCGAUAAUCCGUGGCGUCUAUAUCAAUGGUCGUGAGAAGGUCAUUGCGGUCGAUGGGUUAGAGAUUCAACAAAUCCUCCAGAAGGCACAGCUUCUCCGAGACUCCUCCGGCGCAAAAUUGAAAAGGAUUACCAAGCCAGUCAUUUCGUUGAACGAGAGUGUAAGAGGAAUGUUCUCGCCAUUCCAUGGGGAGAAGCAUGUCAUCUAGAUGGCGGAUAUUUGGCGCUCCAUUGCACAUAAUUUAUUAUUUGUAUAAUAUAUUUUCAAGUCUAUGGCAUCGUUGAGGACAAUCAGUCGUCCGCACAAA